UGGGAGUCGUGUCGCUUCUCGACUCUGUAUUGUUGCUGCUGUUGUCGUUGUCGUUGUUGUUGUUAUUGCUUCUGCUGCCGCUGCUGCUGUUGUUGCUGUCGCCGUUGUCACUUGUGUGCGACGACAGCGACUACGGUUAAUAACAACGUUGUGUCGGCAACUCCGCAGUCAGACGGGCACCGGCGACCAACACGCAUCGGCAGCGACGCGUUGCUCUGAUAAACGAGGCAACAAAGAAUACGAAAAAAGUUAAAACAAAACAACAGCAAAAAAAAAAAAAGAAAACAUAUGUAGAAAUACGCUAAUACAUAUUGUAUAGUUCCGUAGUAUAUAUGUAUGUACGCUUUGGUCGGCAUCAUUCGGGAGUUUCUCGGCAUUAUAUCAAAGUAAACGAAAAAUGAACUGAUACCAAAUCGAGUUGUUGUCGCAACUGCAACUGGCCACGUUUAACCACGAUUGUCAUUGAAAAGUGCACCAAACAUCAUCAUUGAACAGUUAAUACCCAGAUCCUUGAGCAACAUGAGCAACACUAUGACGGCCGCCCAUGAGCCGACCAUGCACUAUCUGGACAGCAUCUUGAAUGAGGAGGAGAAGCGCUGCGAUCAAUACUCGCAUCAAUGGCGCAAUUUCACAAUAUCACGUUCGGGCCGCUUCAGGUCGAAGAACAAGAAACGCGAUGUCGUCGAUGGAAAACUAUUCGAUGGCUCUCACAAUGGCAAGGAAAAUGAUAAGAUUUCAGCGCGCAAUACAACCAGCGCCAUGUCCAAAUCAUCCUGCUCAUAUAAUACAAAUACAACAACUGGCGGCAGUGCAGCGACAACAACAGGAUCGUCAUCGGUGCGAAGUCAACGUGACAAAACGGAGAGCUAUAAAAGUUUUUACGAAACAAAUUUAUAGAUAGUGUCGGGGGCUAUAUACAUUCUGACAUAUGCAUGCAUUUGCGUAUAUAUAUAAAGCCUUUAAAUAUAUAUAUAUAUAUAUAUAGUAUAUAUGUAUAACAUUUGUAUUACGCUUUAUUAAAUCAACCUAAGAGUUUAUUGCACAACGUGUAGACUAUAUAAAUGUGCAAAAUUCGCAACAAAAAAACAAAAGAACACGAAGAAAAAAACAGACAAGAACUGCAACAACACAGGAGAAGACUAAUUUUUUGCGCAGGCUGCUUGAUAAAGAUUAUUUUGUGUGUUUUUGUUUAGUUUUCUGCUAUUUAGUUUUAGUUGAGUAUAGAACAGAUUGGGCGCUAGCUUAGACAUUCUCUAAAUAUAUAUAAACAUAUAAACACAUUUAUAUAUAUAUAUAGAUCGAUUGUACUUACAUAUAUAAAGUAAAUGUAUGAACAUUAUUAUCUCUUUCUUGCUUAGAUUGUACAAGUAUUAAAACGUGAUAAUUGCACUAAAUCGCAUAUGCAUAUCUUUAACUAUACAUAUUACAAUAGUAUAUAUAUACAUAUGUAUAUUUGUCUUAACUUUAGUAAAAAUUCAAUGCUUAAAACAUAAUCAAAUAAAGCAUAAGGUUCCUUUUCCUUAAACGUUUCAUUCAUUUAACUAAAUCAUAAGGCGUCAUCGUCGUUUUCGUUGGUGGCCACUGUCGCUCUUAUAUAGCUCACAUCUAGCACACAGAAUUUGGCACGACACAUGGGACAUGUGCACUUCUGUUCUAGCCAUACCUCACGAUCGAUGUCACUCUGACGGGCUGCAAACCAGCGCGCCAAGCACUCCACACACCACAUGGGCCGACAAUAGCAAUUGGAGCAGCAUGCCUCAUCUGUUAGAGGCGCGCCUGCCCGAUUCAAAUCGGAGCAUUGCUUGUUUAUUUUGAUGUUGGGCUCGGCUAGCAUGCAGGCAAAGCACUUGUCUGUAAUGGGCUCUGAGCUGAAGAUUGGAUUGAGGGCCACCUGCGUUUUGAAUACAUCCACAAACCGAUCGAUGACGCUUCGAUGGAAUUGUAUGUUAGAGGGUAUGGUAAUAGGACGUCUUAGGCGAUCCUCCAAGCUCCGAAAUUCUAAUGCAUUGAUGCGAAUGUUAAAAUCGGAAACGCCUUGACGCAUCGGUCGCACAACAAUGCUAAUCAUUUGCAAGGUAUCGUUUUGAUCGUGGUGUGAUAUAUUGUAAGUUUCCGCCUUCAAAGAAGUUAUUUAGUUAUCUAGAAAUUAUAGAAAUUUGGGGAGCACCCGAUACAUACCUUGGCAACGCUGAGUGAAGUGUUGGCUUGGUGCGCAAAGUUGACAUUAUACAUGGUUGUUUUGAUAAUCCAGUUCUCUGUGGCAAUCACCAUGCUAAUGGAGUUGAGUUUCUUUUUGUAAAUAUCCUGGCGACGGAACUCGGUGCCAAUGUCGCUGGCUACGACGCUGUAACUGCCUGGAGUAUUCGAGUAUUUGGCCAGUGUUUUGUUUAUGGGAUGUCGGCGCCAGUUUUGCUGAUGCCAAUUAAAGAUUAGAGCCGGCACGGCUAACACAGCCAGCACACUGAAGCGUUGCGCCAUUUUCCAGGUGAGUGUUUUAAAGGCCACUGCCUCCUGUGGCAUGGGAAAAUCCGGGUCAAGCUCAUUAUCCUCGAGCGGUUGUUGUGUGGCAAAAACUGAAAACUUCAAUCUGUGUAUGAGGAAAUAUGUGACGGGCAGGCAGCUGUGUACGAAGAGAUUGAGUGAUGUGCGGCGCAAAUGGUAGCCAACAAAAUCACGAUAUUCCUCUCCCAGGAAUCGCGAGAACACCUGCUCAAUCGUAAAGCCCAGACGCUGAAAUUCCUCGGGCGGAUAAAUGACGCACAUGCACAAUAGGAAGUAGAACAAAUUGAAGAGCAGUUCCGACUCAUCCAUGUUGCGAAAAAUUUUGAAAAAUUCAAGUAAAACCAGUAAUAAAAUAUACAAGUCCAGGGUCUAAAUUAGA